AUGCAAUUAGCCAAUCAUUUAGGAACGAAUGGAGUGCUAGUUAGUAGUUACCCUUUGCUAUCCGCUACUCAAUCGUUAACAGUUAUUCGCUACUCAAUCGAGUUAACCCCAAAAAAAUCUCCCCAAAAUUACCCGUAUUUCCCGCAACCACUCCUCACCGCACCACCCCUCCUCCAAGUCUCCAACCACCUCCUACCCACCACCGCAGGCUGCAACAACACGCCCUCCUCAACGCCGCAGCGCCACCCACCUCUUUCCUCCGCAUCACGGCUCAGCCAUGUAUUGAAAGUUCCGUCGACAUCAACUCGCCUGAAAUCACCUCACCCUUCACGAUCAUCAAGGGUUGGUGAAGCAAAAAGUAUGGGCAUGUUUGCGAAUUCUCAGCGAAUUUGGGGGGUUAUGUUUCUUUCAUUUGGAUUAACUUCGUUUGGAGCAUUCUUUUAUGCUGCCGUUGUUUCAAAGCUAUUGCCACUAUCAGAUAAUCCUUUGAUCUCAGCUAUACAAAGAGACAGAUAUUACUGCUUCUUGGUGCCAUUAUCACUACCCAUCCUAGUUGUUGCUGUAUAUUUCCACUGGCUAAGCAUGAAACUCUUCAAGCAUGCAUGAUUCACUCAAACACGGGACACAGACCGUUACACAAGCACCCGGAUCCUGUAACACAGUUUUGGAUUUGCCAUCAUAUCAGCUUCAGUAUCCAAGAGAAGAUCGCAUAAAAACACCGGUAAAUCCAUCUUUCCCUUUAGAAAACUGACAUUGCUGAAGUGAAAACUACAACUCCAUAAGAAAAAUACAACAAUUUGUUGUAUGGAAAACUCGAGUAUUUCAGCGAGCAGGGUUUGUAGAGGUCUGAAGAUGUUUAGCAGGUCUGAAUCCUGCAUCUGACAGUAUACAAGUUAAAAUUUUGAAUUCAUUGUGAUCAUUAUUUUCUUUUUGUGUUCCAAAAAAAAAAUUAAAAAAAAAUAAAAUUGGAGCAUUUAAAGAUAAGGACAUGCCGGACCUCUAAGGGCUCAUAAAAGGGACCCCAAAUGAACUAGAAGGAAAUGGUAUGUAUUUUAAGUGGGAGACAAUGAUACGGAACAAACACAAAAUAUCUAAUUUAAGAUUUUGCAUUCAAAGUGA